GCGCAGAAUCAUAUAAGAACAUAACUUUUUUUCUUCUACUAUUAUUUUUUUUUCUCAAUUCAGUUUGCGAAAAUCUUUCAAGUUUUACGGUCGUCUCAUGCUUGAAGCUCUCUGCGACGAGAGUCGAUUAAAAGAAGAAAAUAAAUAUUAAGAAAAUAAAUAAAAUAAAGAAAUGAAUUUUUAAAACUCAUAAAUUUAAAGGAACUGCGUAGAAUUAAGUGCAAAAAAAUAAUAUCCGAAUGGAAAUUGUCACAUAGAAGACAUUUUCAUCUGGUCCAUAUUGAGAUGAUGUUGAAAAUUUACACUGAAAAAUCGCCAUCUCAAAAGUACGAAAUCAAUAUGAGAAGCAGUCAUAACGAAAGCUCUCAUGAAAGAGCGAAUAUAAUUCAUUCGAUUCGAGAUAUGUGAGCAGCGAGGAGCUCAUUUAAGCUACAGAAAUAAAUAAUAAUAUUCGUCAAAAGACGUGUCAUGAAUAAGAAAAGACGAGUGUUUUGUGCUUAUUAAUAAAUAUAAUGCUUCAUGUAUACAACAAUAAAUAUGUGAAUGAAGUGGAGAGCAAAACAAAUUGAUGCUUAGGAUUCGUACAUAAAUUGAUUAAAGUGAUUAAAGACAAUCCCACACGAUUCCGGAAUUUCAAUUUUCCUUCUUUUGCUUCUCUCAAUUUUUCUAUUUAUUUAUUUUAAAUAAUGAUGAUAUUCAUAAAGUGAUAAGGAACAAACAGACAUAUAGACAGUAAAAGUAUUUAAAACCACAAACAUUCAUGAGGUUGCUAUAAAUAAAAGCUCAGAAAGUGACUGUAAAAUACAUUAAGUAAAAUCUGUAACAACUUCAUUUCGUACCUAAAAUCAAAAGAGUUUACAUGCUCGAGAGAAGCUCAACAAAAAGAAAUGAUUGGAUAUGUCACAUAACAAUAACAACGAUUUAAAAGCUGAUUUAGAACCGCUGAUUGACGUCCACACAACCGGAACACGAAAUAGUCGAUGGAAAAUCAACAAAAAGUUCAAAUCAUCGGGAUUGAUUUUGAAGCGUCGUGACUCGAAAGGAUAUCAAGAGAAAUGCGGUCGCAUAAGACUUCUUGCCAUUUUGGGAGCAUUUUGCUUCCUUCUCAUCUACCUGUCAAAUCUAAAACCUUACCAGCACAUGAUUGUGAGGAUACCGGAGGAUGAUAAAAAUCUGCCUGGUCCAAAAGACAACAAUACAUCAUCAAAAAAUUAUUCAAUAGUCAUACCAGGUUAUAACGUGUAUUCGCCGCAAUGUAGAAUACUUUCAUUAGAUCCAUUGGCAUCUGAUGUUAUGAGGCUGUUUUCUAAAGAAGAUUUCGAACCGUGUGCCAAGAAACAUCCAUUGACGACAAUUGAGCAGAAUUUUGAUGAUGACAUUGCUAAAUUAAUUUAUCAUCGAGGCUUUAAAUCCAAAUACCUUAAUCCUGAUCAGAAUCAAAUUGAGUGCUGUUAUCAAGAGAUAACGAGAGGAGGAUCAAAUGCAACAGCUGAUGAUAAGUACAACCUCUCAAAAUGUGUAUAUUUCGAUCAAUCUAUUGAGUUACCGUCAUCAAUAGAGUUUAUUUUGGUUCAAUGUAAAGGCUUUAAUGGAAAAGAUAAGGAGAAGAAGAGGGCAAAAACUGUCUAUUAUAAUGCACAUGCCAUUGUCAGACGUAAAGAGAAUAUGCAGAAGAUUUUUGACAAUUUUAAGACAUUGUAUCCUGAGAAUCGACCACUUUCGGUGCUAAUGGUUGGAAUUGAUAGUGUCUCAAGACUGAAUUUAAUUAGAGCUAUGCCAAUGACAGCACAACAUCUUUACGACACGGGAUGGUUUGAAUUAAAAGGAUAUAAUAAGAUGGACGACAACACAUUUCCAAAUUUAAUGGCAAUUUUAGUUGGCUAUAAUCAAUCAUACAGUUAUCAAGAAUGUAACCCAAAAGCUGUAGGCAAUUUAGAUAAAUGUCCAUUCAUUUGGAAGGAUUUUGAGAAGGCUGGAUAUGUAACUGGAUAUGCGGAAGAUGAGGCAAAAAUAAGCACAUUUAAUUAUCAUAAAUAUGGAUUCGUAAAUCAACCAACAACCAAUUAUUUCAGACCAUUCGCCCUUGCUGCUGAAAAGUAUUUAAAAAUUAAAUACAAAAGCUCAUUGAAGUUUUGUCUUGGCUUUCAAAACUAUGCCGACUUCAUCUAUCAAUAUGCACUAGAUUUUGCAUCUGUCUACAAAAAUGAUCCGUUUUUUGGACUCUUUUGGACCAAUACAUUUUCACAUAACGAGCUAUCUGAUCCAUCAAGCAUGGAUGAAAAGAUAAAAUUUUAUUUAGAAGAACUAGACAAUCGAGGUAUCCUCAAUACAUCCGCUGUUGUCUUCUUUAGUGACCAUGGACUUCGGUUUGGACCUGUUCGACAAUUACUGACAGGAUGGCUUGAGGAGCGACUCCCAUUCAUUUUCAUAUGGUUACCUCAAUGGUUCAAGACGAAACAUCCUGAAAUCGUACAAAACCUUAAAAUUAACAGAAAUCGAUUGUCAAAUCCUUACGACUUGCACAUGACCCUAAAACAUAUAUUAGAAUUAUCAGCUAGAAUCGACCCAUUACCUCAAGCUUUAAGUUGUCCCGAAUGCCAGAGUAUAUUUAAAGAACUCCCAUGGAAUCGAUCAUGUGCCGAUGCUAAAAUUGAUAUACAUUGGUGCACGUGUACGGUUUACACAACAAUUGACAAAAAAGAUAGUAUAGUAAAACAGGCUGUGAAUUAUGUAGUAAAUUAUAUUAACGUAAAUUUGGAUACAAAUGCUCGUAUGCCAAAUAACACAAAGCCAUUGUGUGCACGUUUAAAGCUGAAGUCAAUCACAUCAGCAAAGAAGUCAGUGAACAAUGAUGUUGAUGUCACUAAAAAGAAUCUAAGUUAUUUAAUAAUAUUUGAUGUCUCACCAUCGAAUGCCAAAUUUGAAACAACUGUAGAAUAUUUUCCAAACUUUUUAACUCGCAAGGAAAAAUUUGAGAUAACUGGAAGUAUUUCGAGAUUAAAUGAAUAUUCAACGCAGAGUGCAUGCGUAAAUACUGAUAAUUUAAAGAAAUAUUGUUACUGCUUAAAACAUAAUGGGCGAAGUACAUAAUGAUGAUAAAAAGACAGAAUAUAUAUUAACAUUUCAUUCAAAAUGAAAGAAUAUUUAAAUUAAUUAAAGAUAUUUUAACGACAAAUUUUAAAUUGAAAAGAUCCAGAAGUGAUGAUUUGAAUUU